GAUUUAUCAAGGCGGUCCCGAUUACCGCCCUUGAUAGCAUUCCUUAUAAUUGUCUGUGUGCAGAGUUCUCAAGCCAGAUUUUUUGGAGACAGACUUAAGCGACAGAAUGGCGCGAACAUGUAUUUACCAGCUAGUUCAAUUGUUCCCGGCGGCGAAGGUAAUGAUCCUAACGAAUGGACCGAAUGGAGUUCUCCAUCCGAAUGUUCACGUUCUUGUGGUGGCGGUGUUUCGUAUCAGACGAGAGAAUGUAGGAGAACGGGGCCUGACGGUUCGCCAUUGUGUAAUGGUGGUAAUCGCCGAUACUUCUCUUGCAACACUCAAGAUUGUCCCGAGGAUGAGCCCGAUUUCAGAGCUCAGCAGUGUUCGCGUUUCAACAAUGUACCUUUUGACGGUAUCUACUACAAUUGGGUGCCCUACAAAAGUGCGCCCAAUCCCUGUGAACUCAAUUGUAUGCCCAAAGGUGAACGAUUCUACUACCGACACAAGGCUAAGGUUAUCGACGGAACUCGUUGCAACGAUGAAGAUUUGAAUGUGUGCGUCGACGGUCAAUGCCUGCCGGUGGGUUGUGAUAUGAUGUUGGGAUCGAAUGCCAAAGAAGACAACUGUCGUCAAUGCGGGGGAGACGGAACUACGUGCCGCACCCUGAAGGAUCGCUUUACAACUAACAACUUGGCUGCCGGUUACAAUGACAUACUCUUGGUACCGAGUGGAGCCACCAAUAUUCGUAUAACUGAAACCGAGCCUUCCAAUAAUUAUUUGGCAUGUCGCAAUCUCACCAGUCACUACUACUUGAACGGAAACUGGCGCAUAGAUUUCCCCAGACCAAUGUUCUUUGCAGGUUCCUGGUGGACAUAUCAGCGCAAACCACAUGGAUUUGCCGCACCAGACCAGCUAACUUGUCGUGGUCCAAUUACCGAAUCGAUUUAUAUUGUUGUCCUGGUUCAGGAUAAAAAUGUCAGCGUUGAUUACGAAUACAGUAUUCCUCAGACGGUUAUUUCCAAUACCCCAGCUGUUUACAAUUGGACGCAUAUGGAGUUCGGACCCUGUAGUGCUUCCUGUGGUGGCGGCAUUCAACAUCGUAAUGUCAGCUGCAACAAUCGCUUCAACUUGGACAAGGUGGAUGACCAUUUCUGCGACGAAAGAACAAAGCCUGUCGAAAGCCAAGAAUGUGGAACUGAGCCAUGCGCUCCCCAUUGGGAAACAUCUGAGUGGGGCAAGUGUUCCAAGGGCUGUGGUUCGGAUGGCACCCAAGAUCGUAAUGUCACUUGUGAAAGGAUAUCUCCAACUGGAGAACGCACCGUGGAAGAUGAUUCGGUGUGUUUACAAGAAGUAGGCAACAAGCCCGCCACGCAGCAAGAGUGCAAUCGCGAUGUCAAGAAUUGUCCAAAAUACCAUUUGGGCCCGUGGACACCGUGCGACAAAUUGUGCGGAGAAGGUAAGAAGACGCGCAAAGUAACCUGUUACAUUGAGGAGAACGGUCGCAAGCGGGUGCUAAGUGAUGAAGACUGUGUCGAGGAGAAGCCCGAAACAGAGGCGACGUGCAUGUUAGCCCCUUGUGAGGGAGUCGAUUGGAUAAUUUCUCAAUGGAGUGGAUGCGAUGCAUGUGGACAAACUACAGAAACACGCACCGCCAUCUGUGGCUCGAAAUCUGGAAAGGUUUAUCCCGAUGAAUUUUGCGCUCCUGAAGUUCCUCUCCUCUCAAGACCCUGCGAAUCGAAGAAAUGUAAAACUCAGUGGUUUACAUCGGAAUGGAGUAAAUGUUCGUCUCCUUGCGGCAAGGGUGUCCAAUCGCGAAUAGUCCUUUGUGGAGAAUUUGAUGGAAAAACGGUAACAAAGGUCACUGAUGAAUCGAAAUGUGACGUUGCAACGAAACCAGAAGCAUCCAAGGAAUGCGAAGGAGAAGAAAUGGAAUGUCCUGGUCAAUGGUUUACUGGCCCUUGGGGAUCUUGUAGUAAACCAUGUGGUGGCGGUGAAAGAAAUCGUGAGGUGAUGUGUUUAGCAAAUGGAAUAAAAUCCGAUAACUGCGAUGAAGACAAGAUAGAAUCAAUUUCUGAGAAGUGUAAUACACACGCUUGCACAGACGAUGAAGUCAUGCCCGUUGAUAGUGCGGACAAAGACAUUUCCGACGAUGAUGAUGAGGAAGAUUGUGAGGAGGAGGAAGACGAAGAUGUUAAAGUGGUUACAGCCAAGAUGAGUGAAGAUCUAAAAAUCUCUGACGGCAUUGAAUUGGAUGAAGAAACAACUGUUUCCUCAUUCAUCACCGACGAGCUCAUGAUGAGUGACAGCACUCCACCGACUGACACAACAGAUGAAGCUGGCUCAACUGAUGCCACCUUUACUACUGUCGAAGGUUCUGGAGAUGGUACAGAAAGUACUUCCGUAUCAAGUAUGGAUACCGUCGAGGGUAGCGGCGACACAGAAACCACUUCUGAAUCAGGUGUCACGGAAACACAGACAGGAUCUACUGAAGGUUCUGAUGCUACCGAAGAUACAACUGAAUCCUUAUUGGAGACGACUGGUUCUUCUAUAUCCGAUGAUACUACAGAGGCACCAACCACGGACACAACCGAAUCUGCCGCUUCAACCGAAUCUUCUACAGAUAUUACUAAAGAAACUGACCAAACUACUGAUAUUAGUGCUUCUACUGAUUCUUCUGAGCCCACUGAAACAACAGGCGCAACAGAUUCAUCAUCCAUCUCAGGUUCUACAGAUGCAUCUACGGAGUUCUUUACUACCAGUGAUGUUAGCGACACAACAGAUGUUUCAGAUUCAACUGAUACAACGUCAUCAACUGAUGUUUCGGAAACCACAGAUGCAUCAGUUUCGACUGAUGUUACAAGUUCAACUGAUGUCACAAGUUCAACUGAUGUUACAUCCACAACUGAAGUCUCGCCUACAUCAGAUGCUUCAACGGAAACAUCCGUUUCCACUUCUAGCGAUGUCACUGAAACGACAUCGAGUGAUACAACAGUUACCACCGACACCACAUCAACCGAUAGUACACCAUCCUCUGACAGUACAACUGAAUUUACGACCAGUACUGACAUUUCGGAGUCAACUGAAGCCUCAAGCUCGACCACCGAAAGUUCUUCAGGUUCUACAGAUGUUUCUGAUACCACCAAUGCAUCAGUCACAACCGAUGUUUCGGACUCAGAUGUAUCUGCCACAACUGAGGUUACAGACACAACAGAGGAAUCUACAUCAACUGAAAGUUCUGACUCGACAACAGGUGUUUCCGAGACCACUGCUGCAUCGGCUACCUCUGACGCUUCUGCAUCUACAGAUACGACGGUUAGCUCUGACACCACCGAUAUUUCCGGUAGCACUGAAAGCCAAGUCACUACUGAUUCAUCUGUGUCCACUGAUUCCAGCGAUGUUACUUCCGAAUCAAGCUCUACAGAUGAAUCUACUGAAUCGUCUGGUUCCACUAUCACAGAUGCUGAAACGACAUUGUCUACAGAUGAAACUUCCGAUUCGUCAUCUGAUGCAUCCACAGUAUCUACAGACGCAGAGACCACAGAAAUUGAUUCAACCACACCUACAGUUAUCACCGACUCCACAACAGAUUCCGGAAUUUCUACCAGCACUGAAUCAGAGACUACGGAAAGCGCGUCAAGUGAGCCGACAACGACUUCACAAGGUUUGUCUACCCCAUCAGAUCUUUUCGAUUCGACCACCGAAAGUUCUGGUGACAGUUCACUCUCAACUGAAGAUGCUACCACAGUUGAUAUUUGGACAUCGGAAGACGACGACUUUGAGAAGAGUACUCCCAAUACCUUGCAAGCUAUCAUCACCAAAGAAUCUAAACCCAAAAAAUGCAAGCGUAAGAAGACAAUACAAUGCAGCAAAACCGAACACGGUUGUUGUCCAGAUGGAAAAACUGUUGCUAAAGGUCCAUUCGACGAAGGUUGUCCCAUUCCCAAGACAUGUAAAGAUACAGAAUUUGGUUGCUGUUCUGAUGGUGUGUCACCUGCCGCGGGCAAGAAUAAUGAGGGAUGUCCCAAGUCACAGUGCGAAGAAACACUGUUUGGAUGUUGUCCAGACAAAUACACCCCCGCUGAAGGCGAAGACAAUGAGGGUUGUCCUGAACCAACUACUGUACCACCUACAACAACCACCGAAAUGCCUGAAGAAGAAACCACAAUAUCCACCGAACCAGCACUCGACAAUUACGUGUCAACUGAAAUUCCCGAGUCUGCCGAAUCUACCGAAGUUCCCGAAACAACAGAGGUCCCUGUUACGCCCGAAAUUAUUGAAUCCUGUUCCUUUGCAUCAUUUGGCUGUUGUCCUGAUGGCACAACUGCUGCUUCUGGUCCCGACUUUGCUGGUUGCGAUGUUGCUCCUCCUACCAGUUCUACGGACUGCAGAUUUUCUGAAUUCGGUUGUUGUCCAGAUGGUCGCACACCUGCCACAGGUGCCGACAACCAAGGCUGUGCGGCGUGCACAUAUGAACCAUAUGGUUGUUGCCCAGACAAGGAAACUCCCGCUCACGGUCCAUUGGGUGAAGGUUGCUGUCUGAAUUCUCCAUACGGAUGUUGCCCCGACAACAUUAACAGUGCUCGUGGUCCCGACUUCGAAGGGUGUGACUGCCAGUAUUCUCCAUACGGAUGUUGUCCAGACAACAAAACUGCGGCCCGUGGUCACUACAACGAAGGUUGUGGCUGUGAAAACACUCAGUUUGGCUGUUGUCCCGACAAACUUACACCGGCUCAAGGACCUAAGUUUGAAGGAUGCGCUUGUCACACACUCCAAUUUGGCUGCUGCCCCGAUGGCAUCACCAUUGCCCAAGGACCCCAUCACUACGGCUGUCAUUGCUCACAAACCGAGUUCAAAUGUUGUCCAGAUGAAAAGACGCCUGCCAAGGGACCCAACUUUGAGGGAUGCACAUGUCUGGAAAGCAAAUACGGCUGUUGUCCUGACGGUGUUACCUCAGCACAAGGCAACAAAUUUGAAGGAUGUGAAAAUGUCAAGGAACCACCUCAGAAGGCUUGUGGACUACCAAAAGAGACCGGUCCAUGUGGCAACUUCAGUAUCAAAUACUUCUUUGACACAUCCUACGGAGCCUGUGCCAAAUUCUGGUAUGGAGGCUGCGAAGGCAACGGAAAUCGUUUUGAAAGUGAAAGCGAGUGCAAAGAAACUUGUCAGGAAUACAAAGGAAAAGAGGCCUGCUACUUGCCCAAGAGUUCUGGUCCAUGCACCGGCGACCUUACUAAAUGGUACUUCGAUGCCGAACGCGGUCGAUGCGAGCAGUUCAAAUACGGUGGCUGCUUCGGCACCAACAACCGUUUCGAUACAAAGGAAGAAUGCCAGUCCUUCUGUGCAGUUAGCGAGACGACACCUCCUUGUGAUCAGCCCAUGGACGAGGGACCAUGUGAGGGUAACUUUGAACGCUGGUUCUACGACAACCAAACCGAUGUCUGCCGCCCCUUCCGAUAUGGUGGCUGCAAGGGCAACAAGAACAACUAUCCCACGGAACAUGCAUGCAACUACCAUUGUCGCCAGCCAGGAGUCCACAAAGAUUACUGCUCGCUUCCCAAGCAAGCCGGUGAUUGCAGUGAGAAACAUCCACGUUGGUACUUCAGCGAGACCGAGAAGAAGUGCUUGCCCUUCUAUUACACGGGCUGCGGUGGAAACAAGAACAAUUUCCCCUCAUUGGAGUCUUGCGAGAACCAUUGCCCCAAGGAAGUUGCUAAGGAUAUUUGCGAAAUCCCAGCCUCAGUGGGAGAUUGCAACAAUUACGAACCCAUGUGGUACUACGAUACGAAAGAUCAACGCUGUCGCCAAUUCUACUAUGGAGGCUGCGGUGGUAACGAAAACAAAUUCACUUCCGAAGAAAGUUGCAUGCGACGCUGUGAAAAGAAACCGGAACCGGUCCCUGAGCCGGAGCCGGAACAACCAGCAGUCAUUACCAAUGUUUGCGAUGAGAAACCGGACCAAGGUCCCUGCGCCGACUAUACUCUUGUGUGGCACUACGAUAAGGAAAACGAUCAGUGUCGACAGUUCUACUACGGUGGCUGUGAAGGAAAUGGAAAUCGCUUCGAAACUAAGGAAGAGUGUGCCCAACAAUGUGCUAGCCACGUCGAACCCAAUGUGGAAUCGCAGCCCGUUGAAGAACCUUCACUCGCAGCUAUACCUGAACCAGCGCCCGCACCUGAGGAACCUGUGGAGGAAAAUGUGUGCUUGCUUGCUCAGGAUAUGGGUGAUUGCGAUAACUAUGUCUCCAUGUGGUACUAUGAUUCGCAGGAUUCUCGCUGUACAAUGUUCUAUUAUGGCGGUUGUGGCGGCAAUGGAAAUCGUUUUGCCACUGAGGAAGAAUGUAACAGACGCUGCUCCCCCGAAGCCGCACCAGAAGCCGUACCCGAAGCUGCACCCGAACCUGAGCCAGAAUCUGUGGCCAGUCCUGAAGUUGAGAGUAGCAACAAGUGUUUCCUUCCCGUUGCCCAUGGCAAUUGCCUGGAGAAUGAGGUUCGUUGGUAUUACAACAGCGAAGAUGGUGUGUGCGAUCAGUUUGUGUACACUGGAUGUGGUGGAAAUGCCAACAACUAUGCCACAGAGUCCGAGUGCGAGGAUGAAUGCUUCGCAGUUCACAGCACCUGCCAGUUACCUGCUUUGGCUGGAAAUUGCAACGAAACUAUGAUCAGAUGGCACUACAGCGAGAGUGAAGGAAGAUGUGUCGAGUUCGAAUUCUCCGGAUGUCGCGGUAAUCGCAAUAACUUUGUUACCGAACGGGAAUGCAUGUCGAUGUGUGGUGGUGACGAACCACAAGUACCGAGCUAUUCAGUUUGUGACCUACCCUUGGAGGCUGGUGAGUGCGACAACAGUACCACUGCUUGGCACUACGACAGGGAAAGCAUGUCUUGCGUGGCCUUCACAUAUACCGGAUGUGGUGGUAAUGGAAACCGAUUCUUGUCGAGGGAGCAAUGUGAACGCCAGUGCGGCGAGUUCAAGGGAGUGGAUGUCUGUAACGAGGAUGUAUCGUCCGGACCAUGUCGCCAGUGGCAGACUCGCUUCUACUUUAACAAAGAGACGCGAACAUGUGAACCGUUUACUUACGGCGGCUGCCAAGGUACUGCGAAUCGUUUCGAAAGUAGGGCUGAGUGCGAAUCCCGGUGCAUAAUUGGACAAGAACCCACGUACAGCGAUACCAAAGAUAUCUGCAAGCAGCAAGUGGAUGUUGGGCGCUGCAAUGGACAGGCUCUCACCGAACGUCGUUGGUAUUACGACGAUGCUCGCGGCAACUGCGUGUCGUUCAUUUAUUCGGGUUGUGCUGGCAACCAGAAUAAUUUCCGCUCCUAUGAAUCUUGUUAUACCUACUGCUCAAGUAAGCCCAGAGAGGCCGAUCCCUCAGUUAACGAGGUGUUGCCCGUCAAUAGAUGCGAAGAGUACGAAAAGGAAUGCUCGGCGCUGUCCUGUCCAUAUGGCAAACACCGAGUGGCCGUCGACGAGGAAUGUUCGCGUUGUGAAUGUGACAAUCCAUGUGCUGACUAUGUCUGUCCCGAUGGCCAACAGUGCGCUGUAGAGGUUUCCAGUGAAAGGUCUGGAGAAUUCAAGCCCGAAUGCCGCCUAAUCAACAAACCUGGUACAUGCCCCCAUCUGACGGCCAGCGAUGGUGUUUGUGGCCGUGAAUGCCACACUGAUGCUGAUUGUCGUGAAGACAAUAAGUGCUGCAGCAAUGGCUGCGGUUUUGUGUGUGUACAUCCAGCCGUACCUACCAGGCCGACAACAGCACCCACCACCCCCGCACCGGUCGUAGUUUAUCCACAGGAUGUCAAGGUGUCGCUUAUUCCCAAAGAAAAAGCCGAAACAGAUGUGAAUACUCCAUUGGGUGGAAUCGCAGUUCUCAGGUGCUUUGCCACUGGCAAUCCCGUGCCAAAUGUUACAUGGUCGCGCAACAACGUCGUGGUUGACACCAACCAAGGACGUUAUGUUUUGACAUCUAGCGGUGAUCUGACAAUUGUCCAAGUGCGUCAAACUGAUAGCGGCUCAUAUGUGUGCUUGGCCAGCAAUGGCUUAGGCGAACCUGUGAGACGUGAAAUUGAGUUACAGGUGACAGAUCCCGUCCCAAUGCCUGCUUAUGUAUAUGGCGAUAAGAAUGUAACCCAAAUUGUUACCCUGAAUAGACCGGCUGUGGUGCGUUGUCCUGCUGGUGGUCAUCCAGAACCGAUGGUGCAUUGGUGGCGUAAUCGCAGACGUUUACCCUUGUUGAGUAAUCGCUUCGAAUUGACUCGAGAUUAUUCCUUGACAUUCCGUUCGGUGCAAUUGACCGAUUUGGGUCCGUACACAUGUGAAGCCUGGAAUCGUUUGAGUGUCCGUCCCUCGUCGAUAAAGGUAACAUUGGUAGCUGUGGGGCCGGUGCGAGCUGCAAACAAUGACGAGUCGAAAUAUCUGCAAUACAUCAUUGAGUCACCAAUGGCACCGGUUACCCAAAGACCUACGUAUCCAUACAGACCCACCCGACCACCAGCAGUACCACCACCAUAUGUUGUUGUUCCCGUCAACGCUGUCAUUGGCAAGGAUCCUUCAAAUACCUAUCAACCCGGAUCUACGGUUGCCCUCAGCUGUUCCGUUCAAGGAUAUCCAACACCAAAUGUGACCUGGACAAAGGAUGGUCUGCCAUUGGUACCCAGUGAACGUAUCCAAAUAUCAGUUCGUGAACCUUAUCGCGUGAUUAUUAACAAUGUCAGUACAGCCGAUUCCGGUAAAUACGGUUGCAAGGCCGCCAAUGCUGUUAACUAUGGCUUCAGUGAGGAGAAUAUAAAUAUUGAAUCUACUAUACCAUUGAAUCCAGAGUGCAUUGACAAUGGCCAUUUCGCCAAUUGCAAUCUGAUCGUAAGAGGACGAUACUGCAAGAACAAGUAUUAUGCCAAAUUCUGUUGUAGAUCGUGUGCCCUGGCUGGUCAGCUUUGAGGUUUCUCUGCUGGAGCCCCAAUCCACUGACUUACGACAAUCUUUAAAUGAUGCUACAUUUUCUAUUUGAUAUGAUACUAAUCUAAUGUAAGAAUCACUUGGGGAGACUCCUCCCUCUAGCUAUCCUGUCGAUCACCUGCAAUAUCGAAGAGCGCA